AUGUUUAAAACACUAAACUUCGAAGCUAGGAAUAGCACAGGUUUCUGGAUAUUGGCCCUAUCUGUCCCAUUACUUGUAGCUGAUGUCACAUCUACAGAUCAAUCACCCUGUGAACCUAGAGGACCCCCAGGGCCUAUGGGACCCAUCGGUCCUGUAGGGCCACCUGGCAUUCAAGGUAUACCGGGACCAGUAGGACAGCGUGGUUUGCCUGGACCUAUUAUGAAGUGUCCACCUCCCCAAUCUGCCUUUUCUGUAAAGUGGAGCGGGUCCCUUCCUGGGCCCUCCAAGCCCAUAGUCUUCCAGAAAGCUCUGUACAACCAUCCAGGCCACUUUGACCUGGCCACUGGAGUGUUCAACUGCAUUGUCCCCGGUGUAUACAACUUUGGCUUUGACAUUGUACUGGUAGAGAAUGCUGUCAGGGUGGCACUCAUAAAGAAUGGCAUCCAGGUGAGAGACAAACAAGCAGAGGCUAAGAACAGCCAUGAGCAAGUCUCAGGAAGCUGCAUCUUGCAACUGGAGAAAGGAGACAAGGUCUGGCUGGAGUCUAAGCUGGAAAAAGCAGAAUUUGAAAAAGGAACUACUCAUUCUGUGUUCUAUGGGUUCUUGCUCAGUGGAAAUUCAAGCUGA